CUUUCUUAAUAGUCGGUCUGUAGUGGCCGACUGGCUCUAUUAUCCCCCGGACUACAUAUUCAAACUGGGGGCUGAUGGUUCAGUGCUAAUAUUGGAGAAUGCGGAGACAAUCAACAGGCGAGAAUGCUCCUUUAAUGGGAGAAAUUGGAAUACAACAACCAAGUAUCCGGUCCGCCAAGUGGUUUAUAUUCGGAGGCGUAGGGUUAUGUUUGGUGGCAGUCGGCCUUGUCAUCGGCGCAGUAAUCGUUGUCAAUUCUGACUCCCAUGGAACAGUUCAAUCGGAUGAAACCCCAUUAUACAGUGAGAAGUUCAUAGCAACAAGUGAGAGACCUGGGGUCGUAGUGGGUACCGAUAGCCCCCAAAAUAAAGCCCAUGAUGUAUACGUUGAUAGUCUUGGAGAUGGCAUACAUGAACCUCCUCCGUCGGACUCGCCUAUGGGCAAGUACAAAUAUGCUUCAGUUGCCGCCGACCAUCCCCUGUGCUCAAAGAUAGGCACGGAUAUCAUGGGAAAGCACUGUGGCUCAGCUGUAGACGCAGCAAUCGCGUCUCUAUUGUGUAUUGGAAUAGAGAACGCCCAUAGCACGGGCAUUGGAGGGGGUUCAUUUGUGACAAUUUAUGACAGAGAGAAGAGGGAAGUAGUAUCACUUGACUGCCGCGAGGAGGCGCCAUCGGGCGCAUCAACGAAUAUGUUUGUUAACAACACAUCAGGUUCACUUGAUGGUGGACUAUCGAUUGCUGUACCAGCAGAGGUCGCUUGCUACAAGAAAAUGCAUGAUAUGUACGGGCGGUUGCCAUGGAAACAGUUGUUUGAGCCUACCAUUAAACUAUGUAGAGAGGGCUUCGAGGUGAACCAAGCUAUGUCAAAAACUAUGGUGGAAUUGGCACCAAAAAUAGAAAAAUAUCCGGGAAUGAAAAUAUUCAUCAACCCAACCACUAGGGAGUUCUAUAAAGAGGGAGAAUACAUGACUCGGCCCAAACUUGCAGACACAUUGGAACUCAUUGCGGAGAAAGGAGCCGAUGAGUUUUAUCACGGAGAACUCGCCAAAACCAUCGUCAAGGAGAUAAGACAAGCUGGUGGUAUUGUAACCUUGGCUGAUAUGAAGAAUUACAAAGUUCUCGUGAAGGAUGCCCUAAAUGUAACACUGGACAAUGGUGGUUAUACAGUGUUUGGGCCACCACCUCCCUCAAGUGGGGCCGUACUUAUGUAUAUUUUAAGCAUACUUGAUGGAUACAACAUGGGCCCGCGAAACAUGAAGACAAAACAUAAGACGAUUCUGACGUAUCACAGGAUUAUUGAGGCGUUCAAGUUCGCCUACGCUAAACGAUCUUUACUAGGAGAUGGACGCUUUGUAGACAUUAAACAGGUAGUACAAAACUUAACAUCAAAAGACUACGCCAAUUACAUCCGCAGUAAAAUAUCCGACGAUAAGACGCAUGAUUUAGAGUACUACGAGCCGGACUUUGGGAAUGAGGAGGACCAUGGUACCUCACACUUAGCAGUCCUAGGGCCUGAUGGCAGUGCAGUCUCUGUUACAAGCACAAUAAACCAACAUUUUGGAUCCAAAGUUCGGGGCUCCAAAACGGGUAUAAUCUACAAUGAUGAAAUGGAUGAUUUUUCCACACCUGGAACUGUCAAUGGAUUUGGCAUUCCUGCGUCUCCUGCUAAUUAUAUCAAGCCUGGUAAGCGCCCCCUAUCGUCCAUGUGUCCAGCUGUAAUAAUAGACAAAGGGGGAAACGUUAUAUCAGUUACUGGGGCCUCUGGCGGCUCGAAAAUUACUACAUCAACCGCCUAUAACACUGUUAGGAACCUGUGGUUGGGAGAGACAAUUAAGGAAGCAAUAGAUUAUCCCAGAUUACAUCACCAACUAGUUCCACUUUACAUUCAAAUAGAAAAAGGAUUCCCAUUGAAAUACAUAGAAGGGCUCAUAGAGAAGGGACAUAAUGUUACAAUGUUAGACAGUGCAGGCUCCGUAUGUCAAGCUAUACAUGAUACUCAAAGUGGACGAUAUUCAAUACACGCCAACUCAGACUACAGGAAAGGGGGUGCCCCAGAUGGGUAUUAAAGAAGUUAUUGCUGGAUGAACACUUGGGAAACUUUCAAUUAACUUCAGUUGCUCCCUUCAAGUUAUGGUUUAAUUGAUAUUACGGCAAUGCAAUAACCUAAUUUACUCUGGU